CAACAGCAGGCUCUUCUCUUUUAUCUCAGUAAGAUACCCCUACUAAAACUAAGUAGGAUAUUUCUCACAGCACAAUUUCAUCUUUCAAACUCGACUUUGAUAGUUUUUUGUUUGAAGUACAAAAAGGGUUAUCACCAAUCAAUAUGGGCCAAUACUGGAAGCUCAUUAACUUUGACAAAUGGUUGAUGGUAUUUUCGAGAGGCGUCAAAACGGGUCAGUUUAUAUGCUCUCUAGACGGAGUCCCAGUAUUAGAUUUCCUGGUGGUGCCCGACUUGAAAGAUGCUCUAUCACCUAAGUCAGAGCUUGCCAGAACACGAGAAUACAACGUUGCUAGUCGUCUAGUGACUCUUCCACAGGAAAUCUUUGACGCCAUUGUCACCGAGUUACCCCACAUAGAGGACAUUCUGAGCUUGGCAUUAACGUGCUCCUACCUAUGGAGAGUCCUUCUACCAAACGUGAAAUAUUCCAUUGAGGUUAUCGAAGCACCAUGGGCCGGCGACCGCCUGAUUUUUGUUGGAGACUAUGCUCGAGGGUUCCCCCCAAACUGCAAAGACUACGAAAACGAGAAUAUGCCGGAAAUAGAAAUGGACCCUAGAGAGGGAAUUACUCCGGAGGCGGUAGACGCAAAUCCCUUAUAUUACGGCAUCAAUUAUUCAUUGUCGUCGGGGUUCUGUAUAGAAGAGCUGAUGAAAGGGCGAGCCGGAGAUUGCCCCGACAUACAACUUCUCCUACGUCUAGUGACCAUGCUUCGGAGUCAUCCUGGCUCUCAGCGACCCGGGGUUUUACGAAAUUUGACGAAGCAGCAAUACGUUUUGGAUUCAAAGCUUGCAGAGUCCAAGUACCCAUAUAGUCUAGUUGAAGCCAUCGUAGUCCGAACUCGGUGGACUUGGGAUACCUCGGAUGCUGAUGGUGUGGAUGAUUGGGUAGGAGAUUGCUUCGAUAUUCGAAGCAUCGAGCAUGUCCCAGAGGGAUGGACUGAUGUCAGCGAUGAGACAAUCAACCUCAUAGGCGACGCAAUGAUCCAUUUCACACGGGACCCAGACUUGGAAGGCUUUAAGCUAACUAGCCGUCAAGUGGAGUAUGCACGGGCGUGGGUUAAAUAACUGUUACGAAGAUUCUAUUCGGAGGGAAGUUUGAACAGAUCGGCCUCAAGCACACGUAGUGGCACGACAUGGGAACGUUAAAGCAGACACGUAAAAUGCAAAGAAUAGCUACAAUCAAUUCAAAAAGUGAGCUGAGACUAGAUUGGACCUUAUUCAACUCAACAAUAUACAUCAUCAUAUUCUGGACUGUUAUAAGUCACUUGUAAGA